CUGUCUAACCGUUAACCUAUCUCUCUCUAUCCCUUCUUUUUCUCCCUCUUCUGUCUUUCUAUCCCUAUUUCCUCUCUCGAAUUCACAGACCACCGAUUGACUUCUCAGCCGUUACUCUCUUCUACUUUCUCUCCUUUUUUUCUCUCUCUCCUGCUAAUUCACAAAUCACAGCCCCUUCUCUUCAUCUUCCCAUCUCCGUCUCUUUCUCCCCUGCCUUUUCACAUAUCAGAGAAGAGCACACCACCCCCUUCACUGUCCCCCUCUCAUUAUCUAUCUCCCCAAAAUUUAUUUAAUUACAUGUAUUUAAUUACAAAAAUCAGUAACCCAUUAUAGAUUUCAAUUAAGCAUCAAUUUUCUCUUUCUUUUUAUGCUUUUGUUGUGGCUAUACACAUUCCAACAAUUAAUUUGUUUAAUAAAAAAGACUGCUAAGCUUCUUCGACAUCCUAUUUACAAUCGUCGUUUCCUGUCCGAAAAAUCCUUUGAAAUCCUAUUUGCCAUUGCCCUUAGCCCCUCUCUGUCAGAAGCCAGCUGCUUGUUGUGUCUUGGCAUUACUGUACUGCAUCAUCGGUUUUUUCACCUCCCAAAGUUCCUGGUGCUAACGAUAUACAUGAUUAAGGACCGUCAAUGGUACAUGCUGGACACUUGAGCCAUCAAGUUUAUUACUGGGCAAAACUAGAAAAUGUGGGUGGUUUUAAUGGUCCACAAGCAGAUUGGCCUAUGUAUAUAUGAGCUAUGCGUCUAAAGAGUCCAAUGCUUACGAGUCUCCUGCUUAUGAGAGCCUCUAAAGACCAUGAAGAAUUAUGAAUUAGGUGAGUAUAGUGGUUGUGUUGUGUAAUUACUUUGUUGAAUCAUGUGAGUAUAGUUGAUGAAAAGCUUAUUUUAAUUCUUGGUUAUUACCUAUCUGUUUGUUUUUUUGUGAACACUAAACAAUGCAUACCACUUAACUCAUUAUGGACAUCUAAUAGCAAAAGACCAUGAAGAAUUAUGAUUCAGGUGAGUAUAGUGGUUGUGUUG